GCCGGCGGGGAGCCGGGGGAGGCCCUGCCUCCGGCUGUCCACGCAUCUUCUCCGGGGCCGUGAGCCGUGUCCGCACAGCGCCCGGUGGGGGAGGCGCCCGAGCAGCCCGAGGCCGAGGCGGAGAUGGCGGCCGCCCAGAAUCAUCUGUACCUGUUGGCAUUGAAUUGUGCAGGGACUGCUGACCUUCAGGGACGUGGCCGUCAGGUUCUCCCAGGAGGAGUGGGAAUGCCUGGACCCUGCCCAGCGGGCCUUGUAUCGGGACGUGAUGCAGGAGAACUACAGGAACAUGGUCUUUGUGGGUCUUACUGUGCGCAAGAGAAUUCAUAAGGAAGAGAAGCCUUACAAGUGUAAAGAAUGUGGCAAAGCCUUUAAGUGGGACUCACACUUUACUGAACAUCUGAGAAUUCAUUCUGGAGAGAAACCUUUCAAGUGUGAGGAAUGUGGCAAAGCCUUUAAACGGGGCUCACACCUUACUCAACAUCAGAUAAUUCAUUCUGGACAGAAACCUUACAGAUGUAAACAAUGCAGCAGGUCCUUUGCUCGUUCCUCAAGUCUUACUUUGCACCAGAGAAUUCAUUCGGAAGAGAAACCUUACAAGUGUAACGAAUGUGACAAAGCCUUUAAGUGGGGCUCACAACUUACUGAACAUCUGAGAAUUCAUUCUGGGCAGACACCUUACAGAUGUAAAGAGUGCAGCAAGCCCUUCACUUCUUCCUCAAGUCUUACUGUGCAUGAGAGAAUUCAUACAGGAGAGAAGCCUUACAAGUGUAAAGAAUGUGACAAAACCUUUAAGUGGGGCUCACAAUUUACUCAACAUCAGAGAAUUCAUUCUGGGCAGAAACCUUAUAAAUGCAAAAAAUGUGGCAAAGCCUUUAAGCUGUGCUCAAGCCUUACUGCACAUCAGAAAACUCACACUAGAGAGAAACUUGAUCUACCCACUGAUGUAGGAAAGAGUUUUGUGUGAAAUAUAAAAUGUAGAGAGCAUGAAAGUUUUCAGAUGGGAGAAAAAUUGUACAGAUUGAAAGACAAAGUGGCAAAGCUGUCACCCAGCCCUCACAUAUUACUGAACAUAAGAAAAUGCAUAGUGGAUAGAAAACACCAAUAUGACUAAUGUGGAAAGACCAUUGCCCAUUAAAAACAUGGAUCUUCAUCAUGGAAGGAAACUUUACAGAUGCAAUAAUGUGGGAAAAUACUUGAAUGAAAAGUUAAACCUCAAAAGAGUCACUCAAGAAAGUACUAAGACACAAAAUUUUUUUCAGUGGUUACUUUCCGAGUGUUUGUUUAAAAUCAGAUAAUUUGGUAAUUUGUAUCAGUCAGCAGUGGGAUGGAUUUUCAGGUAGUAUCCUUAACGCCGAACAUAUUUUUUGUUUUGACGUUAUCUGAGACUUUUUGAAGAGCCGAUUCGUGGGUGUCGAUCACUCAGGCCGUCCGGCACUGCGCGUCCUCUGCUGGGUUUAUGUAGCCCCCCGCUGCUCCGUCUGGGGCUCCCAGCUGCUCAUGCUGGGAACGCAUUUCUGUUGUUUAGAAACUACCCAGCUCUGGUAGCUUGUUUUCGUAGACUAAACAGGCUAAGAGAAAAGUCAGGCUUCAGAAGUUAGAGUGACCCUUUUAGCAAAAUAAAGCCCAGAAAUGUGGAAGCAGCAUUGGAAUUCUUGAAUGGAUGGCGGCCGGGGCGGGGGUGGGCAGUGCGUCCUGCAGGAAGCCUGCGCACCGUGAAAAGGAGAGCCGGGCCGGGGGAGCCCAGGGGACUAAGGAGAGCCGCACAGAAGCCCAGCCUUCUUGGAAAGUACUGGUCCUCAUGAGAAGAGUGCUGAUAGAAAUAUAGACAUGGAGGGUCAUUUUGAUGAGGUCUCAGACUGAAAUGAGGACCGUGUUUACGGAAACAGUGGAAAAUGUGCUCAUUGUCGUAACGGCAGACGGUUGCCUGAACUGUGCUGCUGUCCUAGUGGCGUGGGCAGGCAGACCCUCUGAGCAGUGAAGCUGAGCCUUCAGCUGAGGGUAUGUCUAAGUAACGUGUCGGUGGAGAGGCCGAAUUUCUGUUGAAUGUUGCACGUGCCCCUGCGCCAGGCCCCACGUGGGGAGAAGCUCCUUUGUGUGGGACCACGUCCUGUGCAUCUCCUCAUCUGGGUGUUAACUUGUAGAUUUUACAGUGUCCUUUAUUAAACUGGUUGAUAUGUU